GUUGGUGGUUUGUGUCGUCGUCGCUGCACGCCUCCUCCUGCUCCUUUCCUUGCUCGGUUUGCCGUUCCCGCGUGAGUUGUGUGCGCGCGGGGGUUGAACGACCCUCCUCGAGCCAACGCACGGUGUGCACCCUCCCACCUCCUCCACUCCCCGACUCUCCUAGACUCUGCCCUCUUCUUCUCCCUCCCCACCACAAUCCCCUUCUCUGCACUCCAGAUCACGUCUGUUUCCUCACCUCUGGUUGUGUGCGUGUGCGUGUCUGGCGCACCUUUGUGCGCGUGCGUGUGAACGCCAUCAACCUGCAUCGACACAAACAAGCGACGAUCCUCGUUUGUGUUUCCGGCCGGCUGAUCUCAUCCCUUUCAGCACCCCCACCACCAGCCCACCACUACCGACAACAACAACCGACACCACACCGACACAGCGGUUCGCUUUCUGGCCCCUGUGGUCGCCCACCUUCCUUUUCGACCUUGCUUGUGUCUCUUCUUCUUCUUUGUGCGUUUCUCCGCUUGACCCCUUUUCCCGGUCUUCUUGUUCGUUUCUCCAAUCCCUGCCGUCGCCCAACACCAAGCUUGUAUCUUCCACUCGAGAACAGCGAGGAACACCACCCUUUGGCUGCUCGCUUGCGUGCUUUGUGUGCGUGCGUGCAUGCAAACGGUUGUUGAUUGAUUGCUCGUCAUCAUCUGCUUCUGCUUGGGGUGCUCUUUCUUCGACCAAGCAGUGCCCAUAACCGUUGUUUCUCGUCUCGUUUUCGCGUUCCUUGGCGUUUGUCGAGUGAAGACAGACACCAACGCCCGUGGCUCACGAAGUCGUGAAGGCCUGGGUUUUAGAUCAAGCGCCUCAUUGUGUUCGGUUUGGUUGCUGUCCGCUCGUGUCGAGCGUGUAUCGGCGUCUCUCGAGUGCAGUUGUUGACGUUGUCAUUCUCGUGUCGAGCACUUUGUGUAUCCUUCACACCCGUUUGUCGAUAGCGGCUCUUGUAAUCAUACCCCACCUCACCACUUCGCCCCUUUCUCGUCGUCCAUAGCUUGCCCUGUGAAGCAUUUUCCAUUUGGUCGACUGUCGGUCCAUUCACAAACCACCGUCCUCGCCUGAGCGUCGCCUUUCCGUUUCAUAUUUGACCCGGCCUUUUUCUUUCUUUGCCUCCACAUCGCCAACGGCCAUAACCAGCACAAUGACCACAACCACAACCACCCCAACAACACCAGCAUCCGCGGUCACCUCUUCACCGGCCAGGAUAUCGCUCGAUGCGACCCAGCGCCAAAAGUUGCGGCAGCUUCUCUCCGCCCCCAUCCUUGUCACCUCGGACACGAUCCUCCACCAUUUUCUCCCGCCCAUUCAAGUUGUUCCCGCGCCCUUCAUCGCCGGUGUCUACCAAGCACUCACACAGGCGGGCAUCGGGCUCGAAGACGUGAGAUUAGAAGGCUCCGGUGCCACCCAUUGCGUCGCCAAUGAUCCCGUCGCAUACAACGACCUUGAUGUUGUGUUUCAUCUCGAGUCGCGGGAUUAUGCCAAGCUGAUGCAGGUGCGCGAGAUCCUCAUGGCGUUCAUGCUAGAAGUCGUCUUGGCCACACAGCCCGACGCCUCGGUGGACCAGCAGCGCGUGCGCCUCUACUUCACCAACAUUUUCCUCACCCAGCUGCACAUGCUGAGCGAGGGCGACACGCCAUUUGCGCUCUUCACCCUCCCCGCCGUCACUGGCCACCCGUGCCUCGACCUCAAGUUUGUGCAAGGCCGCACCAACACGUACGAGUUCUCCGUCAACAGCUUCCAGCUCAUCAUCCCCAUGUCCACCCGGAUGGCGAGCAUUGCAGACAGCGCCGAGGAUGCCAGCGAGGCCAUGGUCAGCGCUGCCACGUUCAUCUCUGGAGAAGACGCCCAGGGCACACCCAGCGACGAAAACGGGCGUGGUGGAGCUGACAGGAGACAGGACCACCGCAGCCGCGGCGACAACAGCGCGGGCAGCGAUGAUGUGAGCGGUGCGAGCGAGCACGACAGCGAGGGCGGCCACGACCCCGAUGCCACAAUCCUUGCGCCGCAGAGCACGGACGACCAAUCCGCAGGUGACGAGACAGAGACGGAGACAGAGCUCCUUCAGCGCGACAUGUUUGGGUCGCUUCGGGACGCCCCUGAGAGCCCCCGCACUGCGCCAGAUGCCGGCAGUGACACGGAGACAGAGGCGGAGGCUGUUCCUGCAAACAAGCCCGCGCCCACACAAACCAAGCGCAAGAAGAAGCAACAGCAACAACAACAACAACAGCAGCAGCAGCAGCAGCAGCAGCAACAACAACAACAACAACAAGAACAAGAUGGUGAUGAGACCGUUACCAGAAUACGGAAGAAGAGAAAAGGCAAGAAGCACCGCAAGCAGAAGAAGCAACAGGCUCAGCGGCAAGCAGAGGAGCCAGACAACGUUAGCGCGGUUGCUGAUGGCGCUGGUGGUGAUGUGAGCGGUAUUGAGGCGGACGUCGAAGAUGACACACAUGACCACGAGCCUCUCGACAACAGAAUACACCAACAACAACAACAACAACAACAACAACAACAACAACAACAACAACAACAACAACAACAACAACAACAGCAGCAGCAGCAGCAGCAGCAGCAUGAGGCAAGGCAUGCGACGUUAUCAAAACAACAGGACAAGCCUCAGAACACUGAGCAAGCAAACCCGCAGCAGUCGCUGCGCCGAAGACGAUCGGCCCCGCCGCGCACAACCAACGACACCCGCCGUGUGGACGGCGAUGCCGAGGUGGUGCUGCAAGCCAGAGUUCAGGACGGCUCGGACCAGCUCCCAAGGCCCACUGCUCCACAAGAGACGUUCUCCACAGAGGCCGUGACGGAAGCGUCGUUGGCCGCCAAGGUUCCCCUGCGCUCGGGCGCGCGGCCGCGCGCCUCGUCGUCCAGCGACACCACCCCGACCCGUGUGGACGUCAACGUCAGCGUGGACGUUGUUGUGGGCGGUGGCGGCCGCCGCCGUCGCAGCGCGAGCCAGCAGCGCGAGCCGUCCUCUGGUCAGGCCGGCCGCUGGCGUGGCGCCAUUCCGGGCAGCGAUGCGUUUGUGAGUGACACGGAGACUGCGGAGGACCUCGCCAUGGAGCGCAGCGGUCGCGCUGGCACCCGCGGCGGCGGCCGCGGCGUCGACAGCGAUACAGGUGACGACCACGACCUCUCCACCCAGCAGCAGCAGCCCCAGCAGCGCUACCUACAACAACAGCACUAUUACCACCAGCAGCAGCAGCACCACAACCAUGCACAGUUUGAUGGCAUGGGCGUGGGCGUGGGCGUGGGCGAUGUCAGCGGCGACGUGAACAAGCGGUCCUCAUCGUCCACCCGGUUUGUGCCAACGCCUGAGACGCAACAGGAACGCAUGCUGCACACGCAACCACGGCUGGCAUACUCGCAGCCACAGUCGCCGCACCACGGCGCGGGCCACCCGCACCAGUCGCAGCACAUGGCGAACCAUUACCACCAGCAACGGUCAGCCCACAUGUACGGCGGCGGCCAGAACCCGGGCGCCCAGUCAGCCAGCGGGCCCAGCAGAAGCACCGGUAAUGCGACUGGUGGAAGCAGAAGCGGCGGCAGUGGCGGCGGCGGCGGCCUAUUGCCCGUGGGUGGCAACAUGAGCAUGGGCCGCGGUGGUGGCGGCGGAGGCGCAGGCGGCGGCAUGAUGAUGGUGAUACCGUUUGCCCAGAUCCCCAACAUUGACCGCGUCGGGGCGCCCAUGGUUGACCUGGACGCUAAGGUGAUCGAGUGCGAGAGCACGUAUGGUGACGUGCGGGCGGCCAUUGAGCACGCAAACAAGCGCAUCAUCUCCGUGCCCAGCAUUGGCGUUGUGUCGAAGAAGCGGGGCGGGUGCCUGCUGCGGUAUGCGCUGCUGCGCUGCAGCGGCUACACGCUGGACAGCCACCUACCGCCGCUUGAGCUGGAGAAUGUCAUGGUGGCGACGUUUUGUGCCGAGUACGAGGACAUCACCAAGCAGUCGGCCUCCAUGUCGCUGCAGCGGCGCCUGAACCGGUACAUGGUGUCGCACAUGCCGCCGCACCGGCCCAGCAGCUUUGAGAACCAGAUGGGGUUCCUCACCGAGCUUGAGCGCCUCUUCAUGCAGUGGUCCGACACCAACAAGCUGCUGCUGAGCCAGGAGGAGCUGGUGGACACUGUGACCGGCAUGAUCCAACACUACCAGGACAACAUGCAGCGCAUGUUCCAGAACCAUGCGUACGCCAUGAUGAUGCACCAGUACAACCUUGCGCUUGCAAGCAGCGGCAUGGGCGCCCGCCAAGGCAUGGGCUACCCCGGGCUCGCCAUGUCGUCGCAGCAGAACUUCUUUGGCGCACCUGUUCCACCGCCCAUGGCAGGCGCGUACGGCCGCUACGGCGUGUCCCCGCACGCGCGCACCAUGAGCCCAGACGUCGGGUCCGCCGGCCGCAGCACCAGCGUCGGCAGCACCGCCUCCUCUUCUCGGCGCCGUCACCACAGCAGCAGCAGCAACAACAGUAGCCACAACCACAACCACAACCACAGCAGCGGCAAAACUGGCGGCCACACAGGAGGCGGGCGUGGGCAUCGGCACAACAGUGGCGGCUAUCACCACCAGGGCUACCAGACGCACGGCCAGCACUUGUACCACGGGCAGCAGCAGCAGCAGCACGGACAGCAGCAUCCGCACCAGCACCAAGACAGCAGUGAGCGAGGAGAUGCACGGCGCAACGGGCAGCAUGUUCGCGCAAGGAGUCACAGCCACACCAAUGUGCACGCGCUUGCCUCGGCGGCGUCGGCUUCGCUGGCAGACCACCCGGGCAGAGCCGUGCCCGGAGAGGGCCGAAGCGCCUCAGUGACAAACAUGGCGGUGUCCUCUUCAUCGCACCACCUUCACCACCAUCAGUCCCAGCAGCCGCAGCACCCCCAACAUCACCGCCAGAAGCCCCAGCUGCAAGCUUCAGGCUCCGUCACCAGCGCUGGAAUCACCACUCGCAGUGAUCGCAGCGGCAGUCAGCGAGGUAUGGGCAGCGGCCCAGACGGCGCCAAUGCGGGGCCGACGGCGGUAUCUGGCGGAGGCGGACGCGAUCGCAACGCCAGGCGAGGCUCGAAGCAGUCGUCAUCAACGCCGUCUCUCUCUGUCCCGCCAUCGAUGUCGGGCACGUCGCCAGGCCCACGCCACCAGUCGCCCAUGUUCCGCGACGACAUGCAAGGGUUUUUCAUGGGCGGGCGCCAGUUUCACUCCCAUUCGCGCCAGCACUUCUCGCAGCAGCAGCAGCAUGCUGCCUUUCAACAUGCGCUGUACCUGCAGCAGCAGCAGCAGCAGCAGCAGCAGCAGCAGCCCCGCCACGCCGUUGUUGGCGCUCAGCGAGGCGGCUACCAGGGUCAAGGCAGCGGUGCCGGCAGUGGGCGUAUCGGCUACGAGCGCCGAACGUCUGAGCCAAUAAUGGCUCCUCAGGCGGGCAUGGUGCUGGCAAACGGGUACCCUGCUGUGGCGACACCUGCGUUGCCGACUGCGCCCGUUGCCGGCGCGCCCGCCCCGCUGCUGGGCCACGUGCCGCCUGGCAUGGUGGUACCCUCCGUGCAGGGCUCACCCCCACGGAGCGCAGGCAAUGCCAGUGGUAGCGUGAGAGGAAACAGCGCCUCUGCCCAGCAGCAGCAGCAUGGUCGGCACUCUGCGUCGUCCUCCCUGAGCCGUCAAGAACAGCCCGGUGGUCACCACCACCAUCAGCAGCAGGCGCCACAGGGCAGCAGCCAACAGCGCAGCCACAGCCACCACUCUAAAGGUGGACGCCGCAACAGGCGAAGCCCAACCGUGCGCGCCCGUGCCAGGUCACAGUCCCCAGAGGCCUCCACGCGCAACAGCGGCAGGCACACAGAAGGUAUGCGAGCUGGCCUGUUGCAGCACCCGUCUGAGACAAAAGCCCAUGCGCAACAGCAACAGGUGCCACCACAGCCAAAGCCACCACAGCAGGCGCAGGCGCAGUCGCAGUCGUCCACGCAGAAGCAGGCGCAACCACAACCGCAACCGCAAUCGUAUGCGCAGCGGCUUGCCAGUGGGGCUCGUCGCGACCAGGCGCCCUCAGCAUCUGCUGCCUCCGCCUCCAAGAAGCAGCAACAGCAAGGGCCCAGCAAGGGCAAGCAGGGCGCGGCACACCCUGGCGCUACUGGCAACGGGAACACCAAACGGUCGUCUGGACAACAACAGCAGCAGCAACAACAACAACAACAACAGCAGCAGCAGCAGCAGCAGCAGCAGAGCGCUCGCGCUCAUGGCAGCAACCAUGUCGACACUGGCAACAACGACGGCGCUGGUCAGCGACGUGGCAAGAAAGGCCGCGGGAAGAAAGGCAACAAGAACAGCAAGAACAUGCGAAGCAGCAGCGUGUCGUCGCUGACCAUUCCCUCGUCUAUGGCGCCAAGUUCCAGUGCGCCGGCCACGCCGACCGUGACGAUGCCGCCGUCCCCGGCACGAGACACAGGCGCCACCCAGCCCAAGACGCAGCUGCCCAAGGGCGCCCCGACAUACAGCAGCAAGGUGGCGCAGGCAAAUGCCAUGCAGCAAAAAGCAGCGCGUGCCAGCAGCAAGAGCCCUCCCGGGGGCGCCAACACCUCGGCAACGAUGCGGCCCAUCAACUACGCCAAAGCAGCCACGGGCGGCUCGAGCGCCCAGCAGUCGAAACAAUCCCAGCAACGCAAGCAGCAGCAGCAGCACAGAGCGCAGACGCCGCAGGAGCAGUCGGGCAAGCAGAAGCAGAAGCAGUCCCAUCGUCGCCAGCAGUCGGCUUCGUCGCCCGGAAGUGCAAAGCUCACCUCGAACUGGCGCAGCAGUGCCGGUGCUCCUGCACAGUCUCAGUCGCAGUCGCAGCAGCCCAGCCGCGGCAAACAGCAACACAAGCAGCAGCAGCCGCAACACCAACCGCACAGGCGGCCACGGUCUGCGGAGGAUGGGCGCAGCAUGUCUGCGUGCGAUGAGCUGCUACCGCCACCGCCGCCACCGGCGUCGUCGUCGUCCACAAUAGCCUCUGCGUCAUCGUCUGGGCUGUCUGGGCGCGUGCAUCUGGUGUCGUCGCCGUCGUCUGUGUCAUCUUCAACGUGCUCUUCAGCGCGGGAUUCGCCACUGCGCAAGCAACGCCAGCAGCAGCAGCAGCAGCAAGCGCGCGAGGCGACUGCGAUGGGCAACAGCAGCAGCACCGCCAGCACCAUGGCGAGCGGCAACACCUGCAGCCGUGGCGGCCGAAAGCGGCAGUCCAGCAACAACUCCAACAGCUCCCUUGACAGCAACAGCAGCGUUCGCGGUAGCGGGCAUGACGCCCACGCUGCUGAUGAGGACGAGCACGACGACCACGCCACAUACGCUGCCACCCCGCCCGUGCUGUCGUCCUCCUGCCCCGUCGACGCCGCCAUGCCCGCCGUGACCAUCCCCUCGUACAACUCGCCCGCGCCGUCCGUGGCGUCGAGCGGGCCGGACAACGAGUGCUUGUCCAACUGCGCGUCUGGCGAGAUGUUCACGGUGACGUCCCUGCUGCCGACGCCGCCAGCUGCUGGGUCCCACUACCACGCGAGCCAGCCUGUGGCCGACCAAAACCACAACCACCACCCACGCCACUCGCAGGCGUACGUGCAACAGCCCGCGCCGCCAACGGCUUUUCCCUUUCCCGCUCAAUCUCCCCCACGCAACUUGGACAAUGCGAAUGGCAGUGGUCACAAGGGCGACAGCGGGGGCAGUCACAACAAGCAGCAGAGCAAGCAGCACAAGCAGCAGCAGAAAACGAAGAAGCAACACCAGCAGCAGCAGCAACAACAACAACAACAACAACAACAACAACAACAACAACAACAACAACAACAACAACAACAACAACAACAACAACAACAACAACAACAACAACAACAACAAAACAAGCAGCAGCGAACCAAGGUGCGAAAGGAUGGUGCUUGUACCAGCAGUGUGAUUGUGACGCACCAAGGGGUGACGCCGCCGCUGAGCUCGAGCAGCAACCAGUCAUCGCCCUCGCGCAACAGCGAAGGGGAAGUGUCCACCCCAACCGCAACGGGUUCGGACAAGAAGAAGAAGAAGAUGCUCAGGCGGUCCUCGUCGCCGGUGCCAACGGGCGUGCCGGCCAGCCCAACCGAGAUUCUCAACACCAGCACGGGCCAUUUUUCCAGCGUCACACUCCCGCCUCCCCAAUACCAGCAGCAGCAACAACAACAGCAGCACCGCCAACAGCAGCAGCACCAGCACCACCAGCAGUUGCAGCGAGGUGGUGAGAGUGCGGAUGGGGUGUCGGGUGUUGAAUCACCAACCAGCAAGCAGCCGGUGAGACGCGUUGCUGUCCCGGUCGCUCCCGAUCCAGCACUAAAUGACAGGACCAACAUGAUCAACUGA